AUGACUACAACAGUAAAAAAUAACAUCACGGAACCAUCUACUGCUCAUAUCGAGGGAGGCAAGUCUUUCGAACUCAAGGCAUCUUCAACGCACCAAGACCAGAAGAGCAAGCACCGACAUAGUUCCCUCGGUCAUCAUGAGAGCCAUGAAUGGAAAGCAGCCGAACGCCGUGUCGUGCGCAAACUGGACAUGACCUUAUUACCCGUAGUCUGGGUUCUUUACAUGUUCAACUACCUCGACAGAAACAACAUCGCCCAAGCCCGUCUUGACAACUUCGAAGAAGAUCUUGGCUUGCAUGGUACCCAAUUCAACGUCGCCGUAUCCAUCCUCAACGUUGGGUACAUGCUUGCCCAACUUCCUUCCAAUAUGAUCCUCACGCGCGUUCGUCCGAGCCUAUACCUACCAUCUUGCGUAAUUGUUUGGUCUGCUAUAUCGGCAGCUACGGCCGGUGUCCGAAACUAUUCCGGCUUGAUUGCUGUGCGGUUCUUCCUCGGCAUCGUGGAGGCCCCUUUCUUCCCGGGGGCAUUCUUCAUGCUAUCGGCGUGGUACACUAGCAAAGAACUUGCUCUCAGAACUGCAGUGCUUUACUCAGGUCUAGUUCUAGCUACGGCGUUCUCCGGACUUAUUGCCGCAGGCAUCUUUUCUGGUCUAUCUGACGAGGCGGGUCUGCAUGGAUGGCAGUGGCUGUUCAUCAUUGAGGGCGCCGAAAGUGCACUUGCCGCUAUAUGUGCUUUCGCUCUUUUACCCGAUUUCCCAGAUUCACAGACGGGGAGUGGGAAAUGGCUUUUCAGUGCUGAUGAACUCGAGCUUGCACAGCAACGUAUCGCUCUAGAUCGGGUUUCCGUGCCUGAAGCUGACCGUUCCAUAUGGCAUGGGUUGCUUCUUGCUGUGAAAGACAUCCGCACGUGGAUAUUUGUAAUAAUCCUGUGCGCAAACCAUACCGCGUACGGCUUCAACAACUUCUUCCCAACUAUCGUGAGCUCUAUGCACCUCGGCACUCGCACCAUCACGUUGAUUCUGACGGCCCCUCCAUACUUGUUUGGGGCCGCCAUCUCCUUCAUCGUAGCUCGCUCAAGCGACCACUUCAAUGAGCGCGGCUACCACAUCAGCGUACCGAUGGCUGUGGCCAUCGUGGGGUUCAUUAUCUCGACGGCAACCCUCAAUGUCCCUGCCAGAUAUUUCGCCUCGUUUCUUUACUGCUCGGGUGCCUUUGCUGCGAAUGCUGCAGUUUACUCCUGGGCCGCAUCUUCUCUGAAUCAAACACCCGAAAAGAGAGCAUGCGCCACUGCCAUCAUCAAUCUUCUUUCCCAGCUAGGGAACAUAUGGAGCCCUUAUUUCUUCCCAUCGUCGGAUGGACCCCGGUAUAUCAUGGCAAUGCUUCUCAUGAUGGCAUUUUCGGCGUUGAGUGUUGUCUCGUCGUUGCUGAUGAAGUACCUAUUGAAGAAGGCGAACAGGAAGAUACUAGCUGAAGCGGGGCGGACAGGGCAGCAACCCAAACUUUAUACCGAGUAG